CCUGAAGCCUGGACGCUGAGGCUUGGGCUAUGCAUUGCGUCGAGACUUUCGGACGACAGUGCCACGAUGACUGAAGGGAAUGCUCCAAGACACUUCGGCACGGCCAGCAUUACUGUGCACAUCAGAACACUAUUUCAGAUGAAUGAUCAAAUUUUCUGUACCGAACAGCAAAAAUGCGAAGCAGAUUGGAUGUCCGUUCAUACAUUGCAAGACCUGAUGAAGAACAACGGCAGACGUGUAUAAUCGAACGCGACUUCCCUUAACUAUCCCCGAGCGACUCUCAAUCGUACUGUCUCGCCCCCAGAGAGAGAGAGAGAGAGAGAGAGAGAGAGAGAGAGAGAGAGAGGGGUCGUUUCUGAGUGGCUUGUUUUUAUCGUCAAACGAAGAAAAAGGAAGGACGAAGUUGAAAGAACUCCAAUGUGAAGACUUACGUAUUUUCUGACAUCUAAAAGAAAAUACUUGUUGCCCACCAAGGGAGAGAUGAGCUGACAAGAGAAGUCAUAGAUGUGAAAGCAUUUCCGGCAGAACAGGCCUGUUGCUAACCACAACUGCUCUCAGGCCACCACACCCACCCAGCACGCAUGCUCUGUGCUUUUGUUUGCAAGGCGGAUGACCGGCAUGGGUCCUACGACAUGAGAGAUUUGUAGAAUUGGACAUCAAACACACUGCCGAAGGGAGUGGGUGUUUGCAUGUGGCUUUCCUGUUUCGACGACGUCUGCUUCAGUGUCCCGUGCCCUGAUUACUUUGCUGACGUGGCAUUGAUUGAUUGGCAAUCACCGUGGUUCUCUGGAUUUGGACAUCAACACAUUCUACGGAAGGGGUGUGUUUGCAUUUGGCUUUACUUUUUUUCGACGCCUGCUUCAUUAUCCCGUCCUGAUUAAGUUGCUGACGUUGUAUUGAUUGAUUGGUAAUCACCUGACGUGGUAUUGAUUGAUUGGCAAUCACCGUGGUCCUCUGCAAUUGUUGGACAUCAACACACUGCCGAAGGAGGGGGUGUUUGCAUUUGACUUUCCUUUUUCGACGCCUGGUUUCAUCGUGUCCCGCCCUGAUUACUUUUGCUGACGUGGCAUUGAUUGAUUGGUAAUCACCGAGGUAGUGCACGCGUACCGAUCAGAUCGCCUGAGGUGCAUACAAUACCGCUUUGGCUUCUGUGCGACUUGCGCCGACCAAGCGCCGCGAGUGGCCAGCCUGUGAGGCGCAGGUUAGGACAGGAAGACAAGGAGGACGAAGACCAAGAAGAAGGGUUAAAAAGGGGUAGGGACUCUUAAAAAAAAGAAGAAAAAAGGGGUAGGGAGGGAAAGAUGAGGUCAUCAAUUACCUUUCGAGAUAACGAGAGGACGCCGCUGUUCCGACUCAAGCUACCGGUCAAUGUCUUCGGCAUUUCCCUGUUCGCGGGGAUGGCGGCAGGUCCCAACAGCGGCGACCUGGCAUUGCAACUGGGAUCCCGAUCAGAGGUGGGGCCGUCUUGGCGGGUGCGGUUCAGACCGAACGAAGAGGCGCCGCCUAGCUUGAUUGUCAAGGCCGGGGUUGGACCAUGGGGCUCCGUGGUUAACGGGCUGCUGUCAAUGUGCGCGGAGUUUGAUAUAGGAAGAGGAGGUGUGACCAGUUUUAAGAUCAGGGCCAAACCUCGUUUCGGGGACUUCAGCAUCGGCCAUGGGCCGAUACAUUAUCGCCACGUGUCAACGCGGGGGGCCAUCAGCGGGAACGGAUUGUUGAUGUCCUCCUCCUCCUCAGGGCGUAUUCGCGGCGGGAGUCGAUCAUUGACAGUAGGGAGGGAUAUUGGGGGGGCAGAUGACGUGGGGAUGGAGUGCGGCGACAUUCCGCGGGAGUCAGAGAAAGCUGUCGGGUCAGUUCCGGCAUCGCGCGGGACUGUCAGUUUGGGCGGGGGCGCAAGUAAAUUGGGAGGGGAUAACGGCGGAGACGACGAGCGCUUCAGCGCUAGCUUCAGCGCUAGCGGAGACCUUCUUCCGUCAAUGGGGGCCCCGAAAGAAGGGGGGGGGAUCGGCGGCGGCCCUCAACGGUCCUCUGGGAGUCGUAGCGGUGUGCUUUUGCCAAACGGGAUGGGUAGCAGCUACGAUGACGUCAACGAUUACGCGGGGGAAGGGGCCACGACGGCGCCCAUAACUCCGCUGAUUAGGUCGUCCUCCGCCGGCGCUGCGGACGAUGAAGCGCGCGCAGCCUCUGUGUUCGGCGCCGCGGGCGCAGUUUCGAAAGGUAGCGCCCGCCUUCUUGCCAACGGGCCUCUGUUGCGCCGCCACGACGAUGAUCCGCGGAAAAGGGAGGAGGAGCAGGUAAUUGGGGAGCUUGGGCUGUUUGGUGGGGGGGGCAUUGCGAAUCUCAGGAGCCAUCGGGGGUCAAAGGCAGGGUUGACCUCCUCUUCGGCGCCAUUGCAAGGGCAAAAGAGAGAGAGAGAGAAUUGGAACUGGGGAGACUGGUUCGUUAACGUGCAUAGUCAGCUUCCUGUCGGCAAAUGGGCUAUAGCAAAUUUCCGUUGGACUGUACGGCUGUUCCCGCGCGACGAUGGGAAAGAUGAUGAGGACGCGUCGUCUGAUCUCCUUCUUGAUAGGGGACGUAAUUGGUUGCCCGGUCCGCUGGGGAGGCUGAAGCGGAGGCCAUCUCUGUCGUUAGAGAAGGUGAGCUUCGAAAGCUUUUACGAGGACCGUGUACCUGUGGAAGGAGGGGUGUUGUUAGGGCUAGGGGGGGCGGGGAGGGCAUCUGCGCAGGGGGGAGUGGCGGCGGGAGAUUUUGGCGGGAAAGGUCGGCACCAGACGAUGCUCGGGGCGGCUGGUUCACGGAAGGGGGGAAGGUCGGGAUCCACGGUGACCGUGAACAUUCCUCUGGGCCCUGGGCCACCCGGUGAGGGGGAAAUGAUGGAACCAGGAGCGGGAAUGGCUCCCGCUGGGGCACCGCUCGGAGGGCGCGGAGUGUCCCGCGGAGUGCCCACGUGCGGAGAGCAGGUGCAAUACCUCUGGUCGGAGAACGCGAAGCUGCGGAAGGCCAUGGAGGACCUGCGUAGCGAGUUCCACCGCUUGGCCAGCAGUGCUGGGCCUGGAGCUGGCGGAGCGGGGAGUAGGCGGAAGCCGGGGGGGGGGGAAGGAGAGAGAUCAGACGCAUUCGGGAGUGGCGGAGAUGGCGGCGGGUAUGGUGGACAGGCAGGUGGGGGCGCCGGCGGCCAGAAUGGGACAGCGAAUGGGAGAGGAGGAAGGGGAGGAGGAAGAGAUGAUCGGGGAACGAAAGAUGGAAGGAGCGGCGGUGUUAGCGAGAUGGGAAUUCCGCUGCCGUCGGACAUCAGCGAAGAGCUGAAGAGGGCGAUAAUGAAUGCGAAAAAUCAAUGAAGCGUUGAUUGAUUGAUGGAAUGGAUGAGGGGGCAGGAGGAAUCCGAUUCGAAGAUGAGGACGACGAACUGAGUGAGUGAGAUAUGGUGUUGUGGAUGCGAUCGAUCUGACGUUUGUGCUCUGUCACAUAUUAGGAUGCGUAAAUCUGAGAAGCAGAAGCUCACGAUGAUUCAAGACUUGAGAUGAAGAAGCUGGCGUUGGCGCUUUUUCUCCGCCUCUCGUGGACACACAUGCAGUAUCGUGUGCUGCAAUAAACUUUGUAUGAUGCAGAGAAUACAGAGAAUACCUCGUUCUUUGGUGUGUGCCGGUCAACUGCCAGCUCUACUUACUAACGGCUUGUUUCGUUCGUACCUCCUCAAACACACACAAAGCUGAGAGAGAGAGAGAGAGAGAGAGAGAGAGAGAGAGAGAGAGAGAGAGAGAGAGAGAGAGAGAGAAGUUUGUAGAAUUGGAGAACGGAAAGGCCAAGGACAGGAAGCGAGAGCGCGGGUGUCUUGUUUCCGAGCAGGCUAGACUCGAACGAGAGAGAGAGAGAGAGAGAGAGAGAGAGAGAGAGAGAGAGAGAGAGAGAGAGAGAGAGAGAGAGAGAGAUUAGACCCUUCAUUUUCCGGUUAACUGGAAUUGCCCAGAGGUGAGAGGUGCAGUCGAGUUUAUGAUGUUUGUUGGUUCGCCGUUGCCGAGAGAGCUCUCGUACACUGCGCUAGGAAAUCAUCGCUGUAAUGGCAGUCGGCACGCGGGGGAACCUGCCCAGCCAUUGGGGCGGGCUGGCCAUGGUGGCGUAUCGCUUGCCCAGUGAUAUAUGAAUUGUAGCCACCACAGUAUCCUAAUUCGUUGUGCUUUGCCGUGUCCUUGCAGGGGGGUUGUGAGAGCAGCGGCCGAGUAGGCAUUCUCCACUUCUCUGCCUGCAGACAUG